AUGGCAUUACUUGAAGAUCCAACAAUUCAACGUAUACUCAAUGAAGUUAAUAAAGCAGCUAGUGGUGGAGUCUUUGGUCUCGCUGGUAAUUACAUAUCUGAAUCACCAAAGCCAAUGACACAAAUUAAUCCAUCAAAAAUCAAUAAUUUCUACACUCAACAACAGCAAGCACCACUUUUUUAUCCAACACCGGAUAUGUUUGCCAUUGAUGGUGUAUCAAAUUUUGAUCAAAAUCUUGACUUAAAUUCAUUGGAAUCUAUUGUACCAAUAGCUACACCAAAUAAUUUUGAUCUUUAUAGUUCAGGUUUUUAUAAUACAAUGCCACAAAGUAUCAUGUCACCAUAUGAAAAUUAUAAAAAUGAUAUAUUAAAUCCUAGUAAUAAUAAUCAUAAUAAUAAUAACAACAAUAAUAAUACAAUUAAACCAAUACGUAGAGCAUCAAGUGUUUCAUCAACAAAUAAUGAUAUAUUAUUAGAUCAUCAUCGUCAUCAAGAAUAUCCAACAAUACCACCAAAAUUAACAUCAGCUGUACCGAAUCUUGGUUUAAAUUUACGUACAUCACCACAAUUAGAUUCAAUGGCUGUCAAUGUUGGUGAAACAAUUGAUGAAGCUAUACCAAAUGAAACAACUGAUAUAGCAACAGCAUCGAUUGAUUUAUUAGCUGAUAAAGAUGAUAAUAAUUCCUUACCACCAAAUAAUAAUAAUGAUGAAAUUGAUCCACCACCUCAUAUAUCUUCAGCUGGUCGAAUUUUUUAUGAUCCAAAUCCUCAAAUAAUUCAACGUAAAGGUUCAAAUUCGGUAACAUAUAAACAAAAUAUAAUUGUUCGUUUUUUGCAACCACCACCGAUUCCAAAUGCUGGUCCACUUGUUAUCAAAGAAAUAAGUCCUCAACAACAACCACCAUUACCACCUUUGGUUAUUAAACAACGUCCAACACCACCAAAAACUCCACCACCACUUAUUAUUCGUGAAAAACCACCACCACUUCCAUCAACUCUGGCAACAAAAGUGAUAACUCGACAUUUACCACCUGAUCCAACUCCGCCGCGAGCUGUAAUUAUAGAACGUUUACCACCAUUACCACCUAAACCACGGGAUAUUAUUAUUGAACGUUGGUUACCAUAUGAAAUAAUCAAUCAAAAACGUAAAGUUGUUGUAGAACGCGUUCAAAAAACUUCUAAAGAUUAUCCACAACCAAAAAAUGUUAUAAUAACUUAUGAACCUGUUCAUGCAAAGAUUGAACGUCAUUUUCAAAAACAAAGCGUUAUUCGUGAAGAUCCUCAAGCAUAUACAAAUCGUUUUGGGGAACAAUUAGUUGAACCAGCUGCUGUUGUUGAACAAGCUCGAGCUGUUGGAGUUGUUGAAGAUCUUGACCCGCCAGCGUCAUUUCUGACAUCAACAACUCAUAGUAUUGCUAUAGGUACAGAUUAUGAAACAACAAUAAAAGCAACUGAUGAACAUGAGCAAGAAGAAAGUAAUGAUAAGGAUGAACAUGAAGAAAAAGAAAUUAUUCCAACAUCUAUUGAAAAUAUUCAAGAUGAUGAUGUUUUCGUUGAAGAAAAUGUUACACCUUUCUAUAUGAAUUCAGGUGAAAGUCUUCAACAAACACUUCAUCGUUUAGGUAUUGAAAUACCAAAAAAUAUCUUAAAUGAACACCAGUUUUGA